AUGUCAUUUAAAGUGCAAAAUUUGAACAUCACUUCCAAAGUGAAGGCAGACGUACAGAACAUAUCAGGAAAUCUGAUUGUUUCGGGGCUCGAUAGCGCCACUUCCCUCAUACAGGCGGCUAAGAAUUUGAUGAACGCAGUGGUUCUCACUGUUAAGUCAUCGUAUGUGGCGUCCACUAAAUAUCCUAGAGGACAACAACAGAUGAUUUCACCUAUAGUUGUGUGGAGAAUGAAAGCACCGGAAAAGAAGCCACUCGUGAGACGGGAAAAGCCAGAAGAGGUUCGCGCGAAAGUGAGGAGAGGCUCGCAGAAGCGACACAUCGCUCCCCUAAAGGCGUUGAGUGAGUUCCAGAGUCCAGCAGAAUCUGUUUGAACACAUUGUCCAUCAGAUCCUAUGCCAACUAUAACUUAUACACUAUAUAUGAUAAAUGUUUCAAUAUAUUCACAAUUGAUGUGACAUUCCGUUCAUACGAGGACUUCCCCUCAAAGCAAAUAAUUUAUCUAAAAAUUUAAAAAUCAAAUAUUAUUUAUAAUAAUUUAUUUUGAAUGCAAAGUAAUAAUCGAGUGUAAGAAACGAUAAUUUGAAAAGUGAGUGAUUGCCAAAUCUAUUGAUAAAAUUUAAUGGAUAAUUUGUAAAUUGAGUUUAAAACUAUAGCAAUAUUCUUACAAUAAUUAUAUCAAAUAUCAAAAAUAUGAUUUUUAUGUGGUAUUUUUUAAUCCAUCAAAUGAUAUAUCAUUUAAAUGAAAGCAAUUACCCGUUACUGCGAGAACACAAUGAAUACAAACUAUUAGUUUUAGUUUAUAGCCUUAGGUUUAGUACAUUUACAUAUUUGUGACAAUUUUAAGUGCCUCUUUUUAAUCUUGUUUUAAAUUUUUAAGUGAUUUUCAGAAUUUUAUAUUAAUUCAAAACACAUAUAUAUUAUUAUAUAUUCGGU